CCACGUGACCGCUACCGUCCAAUCACCGUCUCCGCCGCCCCCGCCCCUCGUGGUGCUGUGCUGUCCCGUGGUGCAUUGCGCGGUGUCGGUAAGAUGGCGGCCGUGAGUCUGAGGCUCGGAGACCUGGUGUGGGGGAAGCUGGGCCGGUACCCACCAUGGCCAGGAAAGAUUGUUAAUCCACCUAAAGAUCUGAAGAAACCUCGUGGAAAAAAGUGCUUCUUUGUGAAGUUUUUUGGAACAGAAGAUCAUGCUUGGAUCAAAGUGGAGCAGCUGAAGCCUUAUCACCAGCACAAAGAGGAAAUGAUAAAGAUUAACAAGGGUAAGCGCUUCCAGCAAGCUGUGGAUGCCGUGGAGGAGUUUCUUAGAAAAACCAAAGGCAAGGACCAGGCAUCUUCCCAUAACUCCAGUGAAGAGAAGAAUCGGCGUAAUUCCAGUGAAGAAAGAGGCAAGCAAUCUGCUGGUGAAGAGAAACGCAAAGCCAGUUUGUCUGAAGGGAAGUUGAAGAAGGGCACAGGGGAAGGCAAAAAGAGGGUCUCUUCUGUAUCGUCAGAGAGAGGAUCAAAGUCACCUUUGAAAAGAGCCCAGGAUCAGAGCCCCCGAAAGCGGGGGCGUCCACCCAAGGAUGAGAAGGACCUCACAAUUCCAGAGUCCAGUACAGUGAAAAGAGUGAUGACUGGAACAGUGGCUGGAUUUAAAUGGCCACCGAGCGUCAGUGAGCCCGUGAAGGACAGUGAUCCACACUUCCAUCACUUCCUGCUAAGCCAGACGGAGAAGCCAACUGUCUGCUAUCAAGCCAUCACAAAGAAGCUGAAGGUUUGUGAAGAGGAAACGGGAUCCACCUCCAUCCAGGCAGCAGACAGCACGGCAGUCAAUGGCAGUAUCACACCCACAGACAAAAAGAUAGGAUUUCUGGGACUUGGUCUGAUGGGAAGUGGCAUUGUCUCCAACUUGCUGAAGAUGGGUCAUACUGUCACUGUCUGGAACCGGACUGCUGAGAAGUGUGAUUUGUUCAUCCAGGAAGGGGCAAGGCUGGGAAGAACCCCUGCUGAAGUGGUCUCCACCUGUGACAUCACCUUUGCCUGUGUAUCAGAUCCAAAAGCAGCAAAGGAUCUGGUGCUUGGUCCGAGUGGAGUGUUACAGGGGAUUCGACCAGGGAAGUGUUAUGUGGAUAUGUCCACUGUGGAUGCAGAUACAGUCACAGAAUUGGCCCAGGUGAUAGUGUCCCGGGGUGGUCGCUUUUUGGAAGCACCAGUCUCAGGAAAUCAGCAGCUAUCAAAUGAUGGGAUGCUUGUGAUCCUGGCAGCUGGUGACAGGGGUUUAUAUGAGGACUGCAGUAGCUGUUUCCAAGCGAUGGGGAAGACCUCUUUUUUUCUAGGUGAAGUAGGUAAUGCUGCCAAGAUGAUGCUGAUUGUGAACAUGGUCCAAGGCAGCUUCAUGGCUACAAUAGCAGAAGGACUGACUUUGGCUCAAGUGACUGGUCAGUCCCAGCAGACCCUUCUGGAUAUCCUCAAUCAGGGACAACUUGCCAGCAUCUUCCUGGACCAGAAGUGCCAAAAUAUCUUGCAAGGAAACUUUAAACCUGAUUUUUACCUGAAAUACAUUCAGAAGGAUCUUAGAUUAGCUAUUGCACUGGGUGAUUCUGUCAACCAUCCAACUCCUAUGGCAGCUGCUGCCAACGAGGUCUAUAAACGAGCAAAAGCGUUGGACCAAUCAGACAACGACAUGUCUGCAGUGUACAGGGCCUACAUCCACUAGGCUGCACCAUUCUUACUGUUAAUACUAUGAUUAUUGAUUAAUAUUAUUAUGAUACUGGGUUUUAACUCUGGACCAGUCCAUCUCUGUCUCUCCAUUUCCUUUUAUACACAGACUUUGAGCUCUGCCAUGGAGGCAGCUGCUGCGGUCAGCCUUCCCCUGGUGGCAGAAGGGGGGGAGGAGGGGGCUCGGAUUGUUGCAGUCUAAUUAGAAAAUCCAUGCCAUGCACUGACAGUCAUGGAACAGAACAGUGGCGGCUUGUUCAGAAGCUCUGAGGCAACUCUGCCAGAAAUCUGCUGCUUGGCUGCUUUUAUUUUCUUCUUUGUAUGCUUGUCCAAGAUGCUGUUUCUAACGAUCCCCUUUCUCCUUUGCUGUGAAAUAAUGCGUGUGUUGGACUUCUUGCACCAAGGGGACAGGUCACAUACAUCCCAUCUACCUGUGAAUAUCUGUAAAGUCCUUGGUCCCAAGUAAGGUGAGGAGCACUCCUGUUUAUCACCCACUGUUUGAGAACAAAGCACCUCCCGUGGAGGGGAAUGACAGUUCCAGAAGGUAACGGGGUUGCAUGCAACACUGUCUUGAUUCUGUUUCUUUUUAAGCUUCCACCUCCCCAGCACCUUGAUGGAGGAAUUCCUCAGUUUGUUGAGAACAGCUUGCAUCCAUGUCUUCCCCUGCCCAGACAGCUCUAGCAUAGGGAACACAGACCUUACUGAAAAUGGGAGAAUACCAGUGUAAGCAUGGCCUCCUAAAAGGCUGAUGGCAGCUGCCCGCCCCACUGACAGCAUGGGAGCUUCACAGACUUGCAUAAAAAGCUGCAAAAGAGACAUUUAGCUUAGAACUUAGCCAGAGUUGUUUAAUUUGGUGAAGGAACAAACUGUAGGGCGCUGCUCCUGGCCUUGGUUUGUGUCACUUUACUGUUUGCUUUCCUUUUUAUUUUCUUUUUUUUACCCCAAGAGUCAAUAAUUACAAAGGCGCCUUGGACUGUAGCGGUGUCACAAGCAGAGGGAUGAGUCUGAGAGGUGUGAGAGGAAUGACCGUGGUGCCAAGAGAUGGCGGAUCCUGAGCUCCUUCCCCUGCUAUCUCUGGCCUUUGCAUGGUCAUUUUAUCUGUUAACCUGACUGCCCAUCUGCAAAGGUGGGUGAGAAUUACCUACCUCACAGGGAUAUCUUGUGUAACCAUUAGUGAUCUUGAUACGUGUUGGCUUUUCUGUAAGUAUUCUUAGUGUUACUGCUCAGAGUACAACGUGGGCACAGCAUGAGAAUAUUCCCUGUACUUGUGACUCUGCUUGUGGCUGGGUAUCAGCUUCUGGGAAGGCUGGUGGAUGUAAUGGGAGGUUAAUGCUGCUGAGCUGUAGUCUAAACACGUGGGACUUGAACUGCAGAGGCCAAAGCUGAAGAGCAGAGCUGAUCUCUGUUGGUAGCAGAGCAAAGGACGCCUGUCUGUAAAAAAACAAGAGAUGCACAGAGCGUGUUGUUGAUUUUAACCUUUUGGUGUAGCCUUUUAGGAGGAUUCUUCCAUUUUAGAUUUGCGAGUUAGUAAAAUGCCAGUAAGAAAUGUUAUUAGUCAGAGUUGCUGCUCGGUGGCACAAUCUCUUCCCUUCAGCUGGGAUUACAAAAGGAAAGAAAGCAAAUGAAAAUCAGGCUGUGCUGCUCCGAGUCCUUGAGCUCUGCCCCCUCACCCUCUUGUUUUUCUGGGAGCUCAGUGGUUAUUUAUGAGCAUUUUCCUGUGGUUUAGGAUCUGUCACCAAUUCUGUCUGCAGCGAGUGUUUGUGGUUCGGGGCACCUUAUUAAGAAACAGAGGGAGUUCUCAGAUGCUCAUAGUGAGACGUGACAUGGAACAUCUAAUGCUGUCAGUGUUACUUGGGUGAUGUUUCACCCGCUGCAGUCGCUGUUCUUUGUGGGCUGAUGCUGUGCUGCACUUUGUGUCCUGUGGCAGCAGCUCCUGAUAGAUCAGUGAGGCAUUUCUGUGCCCGUUUGGCAGUGGUAUCGCUGAGCAGUAUUAGUUACACAUAUGUGUUUCUUCGACAAUACAGCUGUCAUCCUGCAUGUAGAUAUUCCUAUUAAAGGCACAUAGAAGACCCUCACGUUUCCCAUCUCAGAGAGCUCAGCUGUCAGCAGUCCUCAAUUGAACACACUGCAGAUGGAAGUCGCGUACUGAGGGUGUCUGUGGAUAGUUGUGUGUUGGGGGCAGGGGCUGGGACCGCGUGUCUUGUAGCUGGAGGAGUGUGUAGGAAAUAAGGGAACGGGAGGAGCCGUCCCGGGCCCGCUGAGCACAGAACCGUGCCGGGUCGGUACAGCGGAGUAGAUUGAACAUGGGUCUGAAUGGAGCCGUCAGGGAUCGCCUUCCUUUGAGUCCGCGGUGCCUCCGAUAACGGGCAGCGCAGGAGGAGCCUCAGGGGUGGUGACAUGGUGACAUCCAUGGCCGGGUGAGCUCGGAGCUGCUGCCGGGCGCUGUCAGCGCUGCCGAACGGCUUUGAGUGUGUGGGGAGGAGGGAGCGCUGUGCUGUGCUGUGCUGGGCGGGCUGUGCAGCUGCUUUGGGGCCGGCAGUGUCACACUCAGCUCCGUUCUUUGUGCUCGGGCUCCGUUUGUUCCAGGCCUGAACCCCGCGUGGGGGAGCAGCGGGUUGGGGCGCUGGGAUAGAACUGGUGGUGAUUGAUUGACAGGUCUGGCGGUGAUUGACAGGUCUGGCGGUGAUUGACAGGUCUGGCGGUGAUUGACAGCCCCGUCGCCCCGCACUGUCCAUUCUCCCAUUCCUCGCUGUCCCGUUGUUGCCCAUCCCGUUGUCCGCUCCGUUCCCGUUAUUCCGGCCGUUCCCGUUAUUCCGGCCGUUCCUUCCCCACCGGCUCCUCCCGUUAAUUAAGGUUGUGAAUGUUUUAUUUUUUUCGCCUCGUUUUUAAUGAACGUUUGUCCUUCGGAAUUAGGGUUGUGUGCAGAUGUUUCAAUGGCAAAACAAAAGGUUUUUUUUGUGCAAUUAACGAAGCUACUGGCAAAAGGAAUAAAACGUUUCUUGGUAACACGA